UGGGGGCUGUCAGUGCGACUCUCAGUUGGAAAUUAAGCAAAUCGCAUAGGCAAAAUUUCGAACGUUUUGAACAAAACGCAUUCACUCAAAUUUCAAUACUGUUGCAAGCGCGUGUGUGUGGCAUGGACGAGCAGACAACACAGUCGAUCACAAUUGAGGGCGAAGCCGUUGCCAGCAGCAGCAGCGGCAGCGGCAGCGGCUCAGGCAAUGGCAACGACUCAGUCUCCAUCUCUGGCGGCUUAACAGCUGCUGCUGCUGCUGCUGCUGCCCCAGAUGAACUGCCAGGCGUAUCGGGUGUUCAUUUGCUGCUCAUGUGCUACGAUACGGAACGUCAUGUGACCUUUCAUGAGGAUGUUGUUGACAAUGAGGGCAUGAAUCGACGCAAGUCCAAGUGCUGCUGCAUUUACCGCAAGCCCCACAGCUUUGGCGAAAGCAGCUCCAGCUCCGAUGACGAAUGCGAGCAUUGCUGCGGUCAUCCCGAGGUGCGUCUACGCAAUCGUCUGCUCAAGCAGCAAAAGAAGCAACAAAAGCAGCAGCAAUCAACAGAGCAACAGCAGCAGGUUCAGCUCUGUCGCUGCAAGUGUCACAAAGCAGCGGAGCAGACACAAUCUCAGUCCCAGUCCCAGUCCCAGUCGCAGUCGCAGUCCCAACCUGUGCCUGAGCUGCCUGCUGAGGUAGCUGGUGAUGCAACUAGCACUAAACCUUUGGCAUUUGUUGCGCCAACGCCCAAAGCUGUGCAGCAUUAACUGCUCACACACACACACACACACACACGAACAGUUGAGCUGCUUAUGUCAACACUCACGACUUUAUUCAUAUUUUUAUUGCAACCUUUUGCUUUCACUGCUUUGGGCUCUUUGUUUUUGCAUCGAAAAUGUUAAGUAAAUUUCGAAAAAAUGUGUCGCUAAAAAUGUUGCCAAAUAUAUUUCAGAACUUUAAAU